AUGGCGAUUGUUGCACAAAUGUUGGCUAUGGGCUGGGAUGAGGGAGGAGAGGCUUGGAACUGGCGUAGUAGGUUGUGGGCGUGGGAGGAGGCCUUGGUAGAGGAGUGUAGGAAUAUGCUGCUAAAUAUUGUGUUGCAGGUUGAUCUUGAGGGUUCUUGGAGAUGGACACCUGAUCUGGUCGUGGGAUAUACUGUUAGUGGUGCUUAUCGAGUGCUCACAUCUGGGCCGCCCACCACGAUGCAUGUCCCAACAGCUUUACUUUGGAGGAAGGACGUUCCGUUGAAGGUUUCCAUGUUUGCUUGGUGUCUUUUCCGGAAUAGGUUGCCCACUAAGACAAAUCUGUUUCUUAGAGGCAUUAUUACUUCUAAGACUCAACUGUGUGUUUCUGGCCGUGGGCAACAGAAUCAGAGACUCGCUUUUGUCUUGUCAUUUUUUUGGCCAGUUAUGGCAGCUGUCCACAUAAUCGAAGCUAAUGGUCACUCUGGAGGUGUUUGGCUUCUCAAACACUCUACAACAAAUAUUACCUCAACCGUUCUUGACUUCAACCAGUACUCCAUAACUUUCAUCAUCGGCCGAGGUGCUGCCAUUACUACUUGUACCUGCAUCUAUGCUAGCCCAAAUUACUCCAUGCGCCCCAACCUUUGGAAUUACCUUGUAAACAUCAACGACACCAUAACCGGUCCGUGGAUGCUCAUAGGUGAUUUUAAUGAAACUCAUCUCCCUAGUGAACAACGAGGUGGCACGUUCCAUCACAAUAGAGCUGCUACCUUCUCUAAUUUCAUGAAUAACUGCAAUCUCCUUGACCUAACAACAACAGGUGGUCGCUUUACAUGGCACAAAAACAAUAAUGGCAUCCGUAUCCUAUCUAAGAAACUCGACAGAGGUAUGGCGAAUGUUGACUGGCGUCUUUCCUUCCCUGAAGCUUUUGUUGAAGUCCUCUGUAGAUUGCAUUCUGAUCAUAACCCUCUCCUCCUCCGUUUUGGCGGUCUCCCUCUUACUAGAGGCCCUAGACCUUUUCGAUUUGAAGCAGCUUGGAUAGACCACUAUGAUUAUGGCAACGUGGUAAAAAGAUCUUGGUCCACUCACACUCACAACCCAACCGCAUCUCUUAUUAAGGUCAUGGAGAACUCAAUCAUUUUCAACCAUGACGUCUUUGGGAACAUCUUCCAAAGGAAAAGUCGUGUGGAAUGGAGGCUCAAGGGCGUUCAAUCUUAUUUAGAGAGAGUUGACUCCUAUCGUCACACCCUUCUGGAAAAAGAAUUGCAAGAUGAAUACAACCAUAUCCUCUUCCAAGAAGAAAUGUUGUGGUAUCAAAAGUCGAGAGAGCAAUGGGUGAAGCUUGGCGACAAAAACACUGCUUUCUUUCAUGCUCAAACAGUCAUAAGAAGAAAGUGGAACAAAAUUCACAAGCUGCAGCUCCCUAAUGGCAUCUCAACCUCUGAUAGUAACAUUCUCCAAGAAGAGGCCCUAAAAUAUUUCAAAAAGUUCUUUUGUGGAAGCCAAAUCCCCUACAGCCGUUUUUUCAAUGAAGGACGUCACCCUGCCCUUGAUGACACCGGUAAAACUUCUCUUACCUCUCCUAUUACCAAAAAAGAGGUUUUUGCUGCCCUCAACUCCAUGAAACCCUACAAAGCACCUGGUCCCGAUGGCUUUCAUUGCAUUUUCUUUAAACAAUACUGGCACAUUGUUGGUGACGACGUUUUCCACCUUGUCCGCUCCGCUUUCCUGACAGGACAUUUUGAUCCAGCGAUUUCAAACACUCUCAUUGCACUAAUCCCAAAGAUUGACUCUCCAAACACUUACAAAGAUUUCAGACCCAUCAGCCUAUGCAAUACACUUUACAAAAUCAUCACCAAGGUUUUAGUGCAUCGCCUUAGGCCUUUCCUCAAUAAUCUUAUUGGCCCCUAUCAAAGUAGCUUUCUACCUGGUAGGGGUACUGCUGACAACUCAAUUAUUUUGCAGGAAAUUUUACAUUUUAUGAAACGAUCCAAAAGGAAAAAGGGCUACGUGGCUUUCAAGCUUGACCUGGAAAAAGCGUUUGAUAAUGUUAAUUGGGAUUUCCUCAACUCUUGUCUCCUUGAUUUCGGUUUUCCGGAUAUUAUAGUUAAACUUAUCAUGCAUUGUGUCUCCUCAGCCAAUUAUUCUCUCCUAUGGAAUGGAAACAAGAUGCCUCCUUUCAAGCCCACUCAUGGCCUUCGACAAGGUGACCCGCUUUCUCCGUACCUUUUCAUACUUUGCAUGGAAAAACUUUCUGUUGCUAUUCAGGAUGCUGUUCUUCAAGGGAGUUGGGAACCGAUCCAUAUCAUAAAUGACGGACCUCAGAUAUCUCACCUCCUUUUUGCUGACGAUGUUCUUCUGUUUACUAAGGCUAAAAGCUCUCAGCUUCAAUUCAUUACCAAUUUGUUCGAUAGGUUCAGUCGAGCGUCCGGGUUGAAAAUUAAUAUUUCAAAGUCUCGAGCUUACUAUUCUUCUGGCACCCCAAAUGGAAAAAUUAACAACCUCACUGCUAUAUCUGGCAUCCAAAGCACAACUACCCUUGGUAAGUAUCUAGGAUUCCCAAUGCUUCAAGGUCGGCCCAAGAGAAGCGAUUUCAAUUUUAUUUUAGAGAAAAUGCAAACCAGACUUGCAUCUUGGAAGAAUAGACUCCUAAAUAGAACAGGUAGAUUGACUCUUGCAACUUCUGUUCUAUCCACCAUUCCUACAUACUAUAUGCAGAUUAAUUGGCUUCCUCAGAAUAUAUGUGAUAGUAUUGAUCAGACAGCCCGCAAUUUCCUAUGGAAGGGAUCCAACAACAAAGGGAUCCACCUUGUCAAUUGGAAAACAAUCACAAGGCCGAAGUCUAUUGGUGGGUUGGGUAUUCGCUCAGCAAGAGAUGCUAAUAUCUGUCUGCUUGGAAAACUUGUUUGGGACAUGGUUCAAUCCACAAAUAAAUUAUGGGUCAAUCUCCUUGCCAAGAAGUAUUCAUCCGGUACUAGCCUGCUUGAAGCCAACGUGAACAGCAACAGCUCCCCCUCAUGGUUUUCUAUAAUUCGAGCCAAAGACAUACUCAAAACCGGCUAUUCUUGGCGAGCGGGAGCGGGCACGUCCUCCUUCUGGUUCAGUAAUUGGAGCUCUCACGGCUACCUUGGUUCCUUGGUCCCUAUCAUUGACAUACAUGAUAUCCAUCUCACAGUUAAGGAUGUCCUCACAUCCGUAGGUCAACAUACCAAUGUCCUCUACACAAAUCUUCCUCAAGGCAUAGCUGAAACAAUAAACAAUUCACACAUGAGAUUCAAUGCAAAUAUUGAUGAUACUCUUGGCUCUGUUCUUUGA